UGGAUCUGGUAUUAGUGGUGCGGAGCACGGGCCAAGAGGCCAUGGUCGGGACGACGUUAAAUCAUUGUUAAAUUUUGCAAUACAUAAUUAUUUACUUAUUAUGAGAAAAACUAGUGUAGAUAGAAUUGUUUAAAAAAAAAAUUUCUUGAGAAUUCUUUCUUAAAACGUUUGCAGCUGAAAAUUUAUGAAAUAUUGUUGCAAACCUGAAACAUUCAACAUAUUGUUUUGCUUUCUUACUUUGUUUACGUCUGUACUUGCUGUGUUUUGUUGUGUUUAGAUGGAGAAUUAAAUUAAAGUAAAUUACAUUUUGCGUUUAUAUUGGGAUAUGCCUUACGCUAAUCAACCAUCUGUUCAUAUUUCUGAGCUAACAGAGGAAAAUGUGAAGUUUCAAGUGGAGGAUACAGAGUUAAGUGUUGCGAACAGCAUGAGGCGGGUAUUUAUUGCUGAAACUCCUACUUUAGCCAUCGACUGGGUACAACUUGAAGCCAAUUCAACAGUAUUGAGUGAUGAGUUUUUGGCUCAUCGGAUUGGACUUAUUCCGCUGACAUCAGAUGAAGUUGUGGAACGUUUGCAUUACACACGAGACUGUACGUGUGUUGAUUUUUGCCAAGACUGUAGCGUGGAGUUCACCCUGGAUGUGAAGUGCACAGACGAACAAACGAUACACGUCACGACCGCCGACCUGAAGUCGAAUGACCCCAGAGUGGUCCCUGUGACGUCCAGACACAGAGAAGAAGAUGCAUCUGGUUACGGCGAAACAGAUGAAAUACUGAUAAUAAAGUUACGAAAGGGUCAGGAACUAAAGUUGAGGGCAUACGCUAAGAAGGGCUUCGGCAAGGAACAUGCCAAGUGGAACCCAACAACUGGGGUGUGCUUUGAGUACGACCCAGACAAUGCAAUGCGACACACACUCUUCCCGAAGCCAGAAGAAUGGCCCAAGAGUGAAUACACGGAACUGGAAGAUGACCAACAUGAAGCACCAUACACUUGGGAAGCAAAACCCAACAAGUUCUACUUCAACGUGGAGAGCUCUGGAGCUUUGCGUCCAGAAAACAUCGUGAUGAUGGGUAUAUCGAUCUUGAAGAACAAACUGUCGAACCUGCAGACCCAGUUGAGCCAUGAGCUGAGCAGCGAAGCUCUUGCCAUCAAUUAGAGCAUUUCCUUGGAAUUUACGUUUUGCAGUUUCAUUUUUGUUUGUCUGUGUACUUAGAAUAUUUUUAUAUGAUACAUGAAACAUUUUUACUGAAAAGAAUUCAAACUUAUUUACAAUCAAUUGUAUUAGUUCUGAGGUUCGGUUCCAAAUGGCAAUGUAAUAAAAAUUUCAACGAACUGCAAA